AUGGGGGUCGACGUUUGCACAGACGCGAACGAGGACUCGCAGCCGGCGGGCGGCAGUCGGGCGGCGGGCACGACGGAUGAACGCGGCAUCACCUCAACUGGCCGUCGAUACGACGACAUCCGCCGUCAGACUCUAUCAUCCUCCAUCUUCAAGGCCUCUCGUGCGCUGGACAGCGGCUCCGCGCUCCAUUUCUACCACUAG